UCUUAUGUUACUGUCACGAUUCAGUUUGCAGGGUUGAAUUGUGUCUAGAAUGUUGUUAUUGCUCGUAACUUAUGCAUAGAAAAUAUUCACGUUGCGGAUUAUCUUGCGAACCGCAGUUUUGGUGUUUACUUGAUUGAUUGUGACGAUUGGAAACCUGAGCACUGGCACGUAUUUGGAGUCUGUGAAAGUCAUUUUAUUUAUCAUUCGCUAGAGAUUCGGGUGACGCUUGAAGCUUCUUGUUUGUUUGUCACAACGAGAAGAUGCAAAAAGGAGGGGAAGGGCGCCGCAGCACAUGACACCACCGACACAGUGCUACAUUGGAUUGGAGAGAUGCGGUGCGGGGGAGAUGGAUAUGCUGUCUUUGUUUGUGCAGCCUAACUCACAUGAUAGUUUUGCCUAAUUUCAUCUGCCUACCAGUGGUCUGUAAAAUUAUUCACAGCUAUAGCUCAUACCUAAUAUGAAACAAUGUAUUGGCUGGGUUCUUCUUUCUUUCCCUUGAAUAAUUUUUUACCGCGAGAAAAGGACAGAGAAAUUAUAAAGAAAAAAUUGGAAUGGUUUAGUGAUUGGGAAUUGAAUUGUCAUUCAUUUGAGAGGAAGGAUUGACAUCUCCUUUGUUUUAGUUGAACGCUCCCUUUUCUUUCACUUCUUUCGUCGCCGUAACCUCACCGUCUGGAGAGAGCAGCCCAGCAACUCACGCAACCUAGGCUAACGCCGUCUCCCCCGCAACAGCACAACCCCAAAUCCCCAAUUGCCUCUGCCUCUGCCUCCUCCUCUCUCUCCCACCACCUUCCAGAUCCUGUCAAGCUUUUCUCUUUCUUUGUCGUCUUUCCUUUUCCUGACGACUCCAGCUUGCCUUCCUUCCCUGGCCCAAAACCCUCUUUAAACAAAUACGAAAUUAUUUUCUUUUCCUAUAUUUUGGAAUUCAAUUCAACUCAGUUCAGUUCAAUUGAACUCCACACCCCUCGAUUAGUCCAUCAAAGCAAAGCAAGGCACUUUGCUUGUUACCGCUGCCAUUUUAAAUUCCAAAUCCCACCCUCAUCUCAUCUGCCUGCUUCCCACUUCCCUACUCCCUCCAACGGACCUUAAUUGUCUGUUUCCCCAGGCCGGGCUUGGUUCUCUCCCGCAUCGCAUCUUCCGGCCAAGGGUUGGAGAGUUUUUUCUGCUAAUUCUAGGGGGUGGGUGGAGAGGUAGAUCUGUUAGCGGUUCUACCCUCUUCAGGUUUCGGCGGAUCCUAGGUGGGUAUUCUCAGCCUUGCGGCGGGGUGCGAUGGAGGCCGACGGCAAGAGAUCCGCAGUUUCCGAUGUCGGAGCGUGGGCCAUGAACGUCAUCAGCUCCGUCGGCAUCAUCAUGGCCAACAAGCAGCUUAUGUCAGCCGGCGGCUAUGGCUUCGCCUUCGCGACCACCUUGACCGGUUUCCACUUCGCGGUCACGGCACUGGUAGGCCUGGUCUCCAAUGCCACUGGAUUGUCCGCAUCCAAGUAUGUCCCCAUGUGGGAGCUCCUCUGGUUCUCCAUCGUUGCGAAUAUGUCCAUCACUGGCAUGAACCUGAGUCUCAUGCUCAACUCUGUCGGCUUCUACCAAAUUUCUAAACUCAGCAUGAUCCCAGUGGUCUGCGUCAUGGAGUGGAUCCUUCACAGUAAGCAGUACUCCAAAGAAGUCAAGCUAUCCGUUAUGGUUGUUGUGGUGGGCGUUGGUGUUUGCACAGUCACUGAUGUCAAAGUUAACGCCAAAGGUUUUCUCAGUGCUUGUGUCGCUGUGCUCUGCACAUCCUUGCAGCAAAUUACCAUAGGUUCCUUUCAAAAGAAGUACUCUAUUGGAUCAUUUGAGCUGCUGAGCCGGACAGCUCCUAUUCAAGCCGUCUCCCUUCUUGUCUUCGGACCUUUUAUCGACUAUUUCCUUAAUGGCAAGUUUAUAUUCAACUACCAGAUGUCGUCUGGAGCCAUUGUCUUCAUACUUCUAUCUUGUUCGCUGGCGGUGUUCUGCAAUAUCAGCCAGUAUCUCUGCAUUGGUAGAUUCUCUGCAGUUUCAUUUCAGGUUUUAGGUCACAUGAAAACAGUGUGUGUCCUCACAUUGGGGUGGCUGCUCUUUGACUCCGAGUUGACUUUCAAGAACAUAGCUGGGAUGUUAAUUGCAGUCCUUGGUAUGGUGGUCUAUAGUUGGGCAGUGGAGGCCGAAAAGAGUUCCAGCAGCAAGAUACAGCACGCCAAGAACAGUCUUACCGAGGAGGAGAUCAAACUUUUGAAGGAAGGAGUGGAAAGCACACUGAUCAAGGACGUCGAACUUGGCGAGUCCAAAGGGUAGCUCAGAAAUAGGGGAAACCAAAUUGAUUAGCGUUUCGCUGUGAUCAGCUGAGACUUGCUCGCUGAAAAUCUCAGAAGAAAUCAUGGUUUGUUUAUUUCAAACGAUUUGUUCUUUUAUUGAGUUGCUUUCCUCUAGUUUUCAUUUAAAUUAUAUAGUUGUAAUUGCACCGUGCAAAGUGGAUAGACCCUGCUACCAGAAGCGGGAUAAAGAGAAAUGUGAACUUAUAUUGUUCAGUAGAGAUCUAAUCUAUCACCUCUUGUUUCUUGUGUUCUUUCCUCUUUCAUUGCUUGCUUCCAUGGCUGGGGAUGGUAACCAGUCUGUUCUACUCCAAUUCCUUGUAGAAGUUCCUCCGGUCUUUCGCAUGAAGGUUGAGGAAAGACUGGAGUCGGAGAUCCCUAGACAAGCUCUGCUUCGAUAGCCUGAAUCAAAGCAAUACAUUUCUCAUGCUUACAUGAGAUAAAAUUGGUCUAUAGUGAUGUACAAAGUUAAUGGCAGAUGGACAUAUAUAAAGUUCAGAAGAUUAUAAAGAUGACUGAAAAGGCUUGUUCGGAUUUCUCUGGAGUAGUGAAGCAGCGGAACAAGGCAAAAGUUAGUUGGCAGUGGAUAGCUCAUAGCUCUGCCCAGAGGGGAAGGAGAGCUAGGAGCUUGAAGAUGGCUUGUCUCACACGCCAUCUUUGGGCGUUUCUCUCUGGUUCUUCUUUCACGUUUUCGUUGGUUGAAGACGAGGGUGUUGUAAUGAGAACAAAACAAGGGCGCACUCAGGUAGUUUGGUGAAUAGCUAUAUAUCUAGAGUAACUUCGUGGCUCCAACUAGGGGAAAAGUGCGCGGUCCGAACUGUUGGGAUUUUGAAUGGUGUGAAUGAAAAUGAAAGGGGAAGAAGCGAAUAGUUGGUGAGUAAUCGGUUGAACCAAAUUAAUGUGGCGGUUGAAGUGAACCAACCGGUUCAAUUAUCAUGGGUUGAACCAAUGCAAUAGUUCAUUAUUUUAAAAUGAACCAAUGUGUUGGUUGUGAAUCCACCCGAAGGGUCACAUCCCUUCAUUCACACCCCCUUAUUUUCUAUAAAUAGCAUCAUCCUCCUCUAUUUUCAUACAUGAGUUUUCCUAAAAGGUUUUUCGGUCGAAAGAAAGAAAAUAGUUUUCUUUUCAUUUCAUUUUCCUCUCUAUAAACACAUAAAAGAAAACAGAGUCGUGUGACUUCUCGUCGUUUGUUGCAUUCGCUAGUUUCUGGGGUUUCAAGUACCGGGACGCUAGAAAAAGUACGUCCAUUCUAUCCUGCAUAGUUAGUAAAAUACAGUACGAGAAAGUUACACAUAAAAUACGUACGGGUAUUUUACGGCGUCUCUAAGAUAAUGUUACAUUUAAUAGUACGUUAAUAGUAACAAAUAUAUAAAAUUAAU